AAGUCAACGCCUAGCAGAUAGUUUGGGAAUGUUUUUGUAUGUUGCAAAGGCCCAAAACAUUUAAAUCCCUCUUAUCAAUCAAAUAAUCAGAUUAACAAAAAGUUUCCAAAAAUAAAAAAAAAAAAAUUAAUCAUGGCAACUGAUUUGGAGCAACCUUUGAUACAGACCAACAAUUCAAGCACACAACUUCAUCAAACUCCAAACUUGCAAAAUAAAGAUGCCAAAAAGCAAGAGGAAGAUGAUGUGAAAUGGGAGAAGAGCUAUUUUGAGAUAAUGGGAUUGUGUUGUUCAUCAGAAGUUCCAUUGGUUGAAGGAAUUGUAAAGCCAUUAAAGGGUGUUAAGGAGAUUUCGGUUGUUGUUACGACCAAGACGUUGACGGUUGUUCAUGAUAUUCACACCAUUUCUCCUUCUCAAAUUGUUCAAGCACUGAAUCGAGCAAGGUUAGAAGCAAGUGUUCGACCUAGAGGAGAAAGUAGCUACACAAGAAAAUGGCCAGGGAAGUGGGAUGUUGUCUGUGGUGUACUUCUUCUGUUGUCCUUUUUGAAAUAUGUUUACCAACCUAUGCAAUGGAUUGCCAUUUUGGUUGUCCUCAUUGGCAUUCCAAACAUUAUUUGGAGAAGUAUUGCAUCUAUCAGAAAUCUCACAUUAAAUGUCAAUGUCAUUGUUCUGAUUGCAGUUGGAGGAACAAUAGCUCUGCAAGACUACACAGAUGCAGCAAUUAUCGUCUUCCUGUACAAUAUAGCUCAGUGGCUCGAAUCAAGAGCUAGUUACAAGGCUAUGUCUGUAAUGUCAUCUCUGACAAGUAUGACACCUCUGAAAGCAACAAUGGCUGAAACUGGUAAACAAGUUGAUGUCACAACUGUGAAUCUAGGAACCAUUAUCGCAGUCAAAGCAGGUGAAGUUAUUCCUAUUGAUGGAGUUGUUGUGGAGGGUAAAUGUGAAGUGGAUGAGAAGGCUUUGACAGGUGAAUCAUUCCCUGUGUUCAAAGAAAUUGGUUCAUCAGUUUGGGCUGGCACUAUCAAUUUGAACGGUUACAUCACUGCAAGAACCACUAUGUUAGCUGAAAACUGCUUAGUAGCAAGGAUGGUGAAUCUAGUAGAAGAAGCUCAAAGCAGAAAAGCUAAAAUCCAGACAUUCAUUGAGGACUGUGCAAAGUGGUACAUUCCCAUCGUUGUUCUGAUGUCUGCUAGUAUUGCUGUUAUUCCUGUUGUGUUACAAAUUGCUGAUAAAACGCAUUGGUUUCAUCUCGCCUUGGUUGUACUAGUGAGUGCGUGUCCCUGUGCACUAGUCAUCUCUACUCCGGUCACAAUCUUCUGCGCGCUUUCAAAGGCCGCGACAGCAGGGCUUCUCUUCAAAGGUGGGGAUUACCUUGAGCUUCUUGCUAAAGUCAAGACUGUUGCCUUUGAUAAAACUGGGACAAUCACAACUGGAGAUUUUGUUGUUACACAUUUUCAGUCCCUGCAUGAAAUAAUCAGCAUUGAGAAGUUACUCUUCUGGGUUUCGAGCAUUGAGAGUAAAUCGAGCCAUCCAAUGGCAUCAGCACUUGUCAACUACGCUGCAUCACAUUCCAUUGAUCCAAUGUCUGAAAUGGUGGAAGACUUUCAUAAUUACCCAGGAGAAGGGAUACACGGAUACAUUGAGGGUGCACAUGUCUACAUCGGGAAUUACAGAAUUUCUCAACGAGCAGGAUGUAACGAAAAUCAUAACAUUGAGUUGCAUAAGAUGGAAGAAAAAGCGAGUGGAUUUAUAUACAUGGGAGAAACUUUGGUUGGAACUUUUAGUCUUUCUGAUGAUUGUAGAUCAGGAGCCAUGGAAGCAAUCAAAGAGUUAAAGAAAUCAGGUAUUAGAACAGUUAUGCUUACUGGUGAUAAUCAUGCUGCGGCUCAACAGGUGCAGUUUCAGCUGGGGGAAGCUCUUGACACAAUCCAUGCACAACUACUACCAGAAGACAAAGCUAAAAUCAUCUCAGAACUAAAGAAAGACGGAUCAGUAGUAGCCAUGGUAGGAGACGGAAUCAACGACGCACUCGCUUUAGCUACAACAGACAUCGGAAUUUCAAUGGGGUUAUCAGGUUCUGCACUCGCAAUGGAAACAGGACACGUAAUUCUCAUGUCAGACGACAUCAGAAAAAUACCAGAAGCCAUUCAAAUAUCCAAGAAAGCAUCCAGAAAAAUCGUGGAGAAUGUAAUCAUAUCAUUCUCUACAAAGGGUUUAGUUCUAGCAUUUGCUUUAGCUGGGUAUUCUAUGUUGUUAGUUGCUGUUGUGACAGAUGUUGGGACGUGUUUGCUGGUGAUAUUGAACAGUAUGUUGCUUUUACGAGGGACUGAAGAAUGUAAGAAGAUGAGUUCUUCUGUAAUUGUAAAGAAAAUUGGGUGUUGUGAUGGUAAAAAGAAAGAAGAGAGUGUGAUUAAGAUGGGGUGUUGUAAGAAGAAGGGUUUGAAUUCUGGGUCAAAGUGCAGAAAUUCGAGUUCAGUUGGUGUUGUGAUUGCAUAGAUGGAUAUUGAUACUUUGUGGUGGUAAGUAUGUAAUUAGUUGUUGUGAAAAAUGGGAACAGAGUUAUAAACA